UUUUACAUUGAAGUAGUAAUCAAAACAUGGCAACACAAGAAAAUUUUAAUAUAUGGACGCACAAUUUUUAACGGUGUAGAAACGAAACAGUAUGGGAAUGCAACCGAUAAAAAUAGACUGCAAUUGUGUUAUGAGUUACAAUGAUUGCGAUCGAUUAUUUCACAAUUUAUCGUUCAUUGAAGACCUAAAUAAAUAACCGCAAUUGCGGAAUUCUUUUAUUUAAAUAUUGGAAUGGAUCAAUUUCUAAUGAAAGAAAUUUAUAAAUUUAAAUGUAUAAAAGUUAAUCUAAUAGAUGUAAAUUGAUUGGUCAAUUUCUUAUGGUUUAAAAUUUGAAGCUUAAGUUUUGUACUUUAAAUUCUCAUUAUAGACCCCACUUUGAGCGCGGUCUUUCGGCCAACAAAAAGAAAAUAUACUAUCUAAUGCGAGUCAGACUUUAACGCUAAACGUGCGUCGCUAAGUAUGGGCAAGAUUCCACCACCAAGUUUCAGAUCGAUAAACCGGUUUCCUGCAGAGAUUCCACGAAGUUUCAAGAACUUUUAUUAUUACACUUUACAUCUUGCCACGCUUCCGCGCUUCGUGAUCGAUCGCAAAAACAAGCGGAUUACUUGAGUAAGGUCGGUGAACCAAUCAAAGCGCUAGAUCGCGCUUGGUUUCUCUCUUUCUCUCCUUUUCUUUCUUUUCCCCGUCCGUCUCCCCGUCUAUUAACCUACUUUUUCUGUUUAUGCCAGUCGCCGUAACUUCGGUACAAUGCAAAUGGAUGUAGCGAAUCGAGUGAAUCAUGAACGAGCAAGCGGGACAAUUCACCGCAAUCUCGAGACGUCCCACGCAUUUGAGCGCAAAGCGCGAGUGGAAAUUAGCGGGUGUCUCAUAAUUAACGUGCUAAUCGCCAAGAGGCAUUCGCUCACGAUCAGUCGCACAGUUGCGCGCGAGCAUAGCCGCGGAAGAAGUCACUUGCGAGCGGAAUCGAGAACUGUGGCGCGAAAAUUUGAACGCAGGCACAAUAAUAACGUAACGGUAAAACAUUUCCGUUCGCACAAGGCGGCCCCCGUAAACCCGUUCGAGAGCCGCCAUUGGAAGGACCCCUCCUGAUCCUCCUCGGAGAGUCGAGGCUAUUCGCUCCCUCUUACCUUUCCUUUUCCGUGUCCUUGUUUUCCCGUUGAAGCGGAGUGAGAGAACCGCGUCUUGAUUUCUACGAAACGCGUCACGUCGCAACAUGGUGGCGCCUUCGCGAUCAGCACUGUCGUUUUGAAGACACAGCUGUUAGUUGCGCGUGCACGCGUCGGUGCACAUGGUCGCUUUUUGCGGAAUGCCCUAAAUGCACGGCCCGCGAAGUUGUGCCGGAUUAUGCACCGCGAACCGCGUAACAUCCGGGAGUCGCUUCCGUUCGAGAAAUUUUCAAAUUUUCCUGAGCGCGAAUUUUUAAAUCGUCGAUUUUUGGAGGCACAUGGUGCGACAACUUCUGGUGAAAUGUGACCGUUCGACUGUGAUAAACCAUUGUGAUACGCCACGAUUUUUAAUCCAUGAAUUUGUAGUCUCUAAUCAUUUUAAUUGAUCUAUGAUCCACGCUUCCGUUGAAUCGUGAUGAUUCAGCACAAAGUUAACGCACGUAAUGUGAAAAAACAGCAUUUCUGGAUACUUUGUGCACAAUAAUAGAAAACUUCUUACUUAUUUGUGUGAUGUACGAAGCAAAUAUUGAAGAAAAUAUUGUAGUAAUCCUGGAACAACAUCGUUGAGGACAAUUUUGGAGUAAAAUGCUACAUGUUAUUAAAAAAGGAUUGUAAAAAUUACUUUUAUUCGUAGAGAAUUAUCUUCCUUUUGAAGUUUCCAACACAAUUCUCAGCUCUUUUUAUUAAAAAUUAUUAGAGUAAAUACUGAAGCAAGAUUAGAGAAGAAUCUCAAAGAAAGCCUCCAUGUGUUCAUAAAAAAACAACGAAGAUCAAUAAGACGACCUGCAAACCCAAACUCAUAGAUCGAUCAGUUGUCCAUUGAAAUUUCUCAUCUUCUUCUGGACAAUCUUGGAGUCUUGGAGCAAAUCUCUCGCAUCUUCCGAAGGAGGAGACCAUGAGAAGCGACAUGGCACAUUCCGAACAAUCCGUGGAUCCGAGACACAAUCGUCCGCGUCCGACCAAGACUUGCCAGGAACACGACGAAGAGGAUUGCUCGAGCGAGAACGAGCGCGAGUUCGAAUCGUUGGAAUACGAGGAGGAUGCGUACUACGCGAAACUAACGACGACGCCGAGCUUCGACGACAUCGACGAGGUCGGUGAUGAAGAAGUUGAUGAGCUUGUGGUCCACUGCUGGCGCGACUCCAACGGCGAGAUCGACGAGAUCAUCGUGGACGACGGCAAUCUGUCCGUGGAGACGGAGUUCCUGCCGGAAGGAGGACCACGCGGCGGCCGCAAGAAGCGGCGAUCGGUCCGCGUAAUCUUCCAGGAUCUGUCCAAACCGUACCUCGCCAGAAUCACCAACAGCCAAAACUACAAGAAAUUUCUUGAGCUGGUAAAAGGAGAAGACGCCUCGCUUCAUUCGGCUGGCUCUCUGUCGCCGACGUCGGAUAACGUGGUGAAUGAGCUUCAAGGCCUGUCUCUGGAAGAGCAGGAACGCCAGAAGGCUGAAUGGAGCACCGAACUAGCGAAAGUCGAAGAGGAGAUACAGACGUUGAGACACGUCCUUGCUAACAAGAUCAAGGUCUCGCAGGAUCUGAAGAGGAAGCUGGGCAUCAGCGUCUGGAAGGAGCUCACCGACGAUGUCAAUCAGGGACUCAAGAACGUGAAGGAGAGCCACGUUUAUCAGAACAUUGGCGAGACACUCAGUCGCUUUACCAAGGCGGUCUCUGAGAACAGUUUAUAUCAGAAGACCGAAUCUGUUCUCAAGUCCACGGCUGAGAAGACAUCGAGCAUCUUGGGCGGCUUUGGUAGCGGCAUUUCCAUGAAGCUGGGCCAGAUGCGCAACUCUGACAGCUUCCGGUCUCUGGAGGAAAGAGUUGGGUCCGCUUGCGAGAACAUUAAGACAAAAGUCUCUGCUUCGAGGUCCAGCUCAACGCAGAGCUUUGACGAGGCUCUCCGAGAGUCCGAAGCGAUGAGGCGCGCGUCCGCGGCACCGUCGGCCACCAGCCCGACCAUCCCCGAGGACAAGCUGCUCUCUUAGAGCCCGGAAUCACGCAGGAUCCUUCGUGCGCCUCCGCCGCGCAAUUUAAAGUGCUGAUAAAACGCUGCGUCGCGCGCCAAUAUCACUAUCGCGUUCGUCUGCUGCAAUCGCUAUAGAGGGCCAAACGACGUAUCUGUGCACGUUGAACGAGUCGAUCGACGCUCUGCUCGAUCGAGACUUCGAUCGCGAGCACGGUCGUCCACACGAGUACUAUCCUAUUAUUCAAUAAAAUAUAUAUUUUUCUCUCGCACGCCGUUCCCACGCCUCUCCCUUCGUAAGAUCGCCUUUCUUCGCGUUCCGGGUACCUUCAGACUUAGCGGUAAACGUCCCUCGCGAUUUUUAUAUGCCGAUUCUGAGCGAAUUCUAGAUGGGUAACGAUCCAUUUUCUAAACUAUAAAAGCUUCGAAUUUCCGUUUGGUAACUAACCGUAAUUUGUAAAUAUAACAAUAUCUAUACUCGUGAGGUUCGAAUCGGAGUUAGUUACAUGCGUCGUGGGAGAUUCAAUUUUGAUUAAUCAAGCUGAUAACGAGAUGCGGGGAAACAACUUGCAACAGUUUCUCUAUAAUUUCUUCUGCUUUGCAUUAUGUUCAAGUUUUAAAUGUUUUCGAUUGAUGGAAGCAAUUGUUUUUUUUUUAUUAUAUUAAGUGAAUUUAUAUUUAUCACAGAUCGCACUUAUUUUCCGCAUAUAUUUCUACUUUAUGGCAUUUGAAAUUUUAUUGCAAAUUAUCGGUGUCGUCAGUCGAUUCGAUAGAGCUGCCAAAAGUAAAAUAUCUUCAACGCUCUACAAUGAGAAUAACCCGUCCGCCGACAAUAUUUUACACUAUACACUAAACGAAACUUCUCACCUGUACGCAAACUACCUAAUUAGCGCGAAUUCAGUCUGCUGAAAGACAAGCUCAAGCAGAGUCUCGAGGAAAUCUGUGCAAACCUUUCUCUUCCCUGUUCAUUUAAUUACACAAAAUUAAUACAGAACAGCAGAAAAAUUAUACGAAUGAUUAUAGAAUUCGCGAAUCAAAUCAAAUAACGUUUAUUCAUGAACAACAAAAAUAUGUAACUUCGCAAUAAUAUGUUAAAAGAGAAUUUAAUGUAGGAAGAACUAAGAGAAAGAGUUCCUCGCACGAGUCUCGAUUUUACAGAUAAAUAUUUUUUACGUGCGCGGAUAAUCUAACGUUGUACUAGCACGAAAUUCGAGAGCUAUUUUGUAUUUUAGCUUUAUAAUGAGACUAUCGACGGCGCACGGUACAACGCGCAUUUGUUAACAUUAAGAGACUUGCAAAGCGAACUUAUAUACGCGAUCUUAAUUAUCGUUAAAGGCCGUGAUUCGUCGAUAUCUGCUGCAUAAUAUGUAUAAAUAUAUAUCUUCUCUUGUUCAUAUUGGUAAAUAAAUUAUUUUAUGAAACGUC